AUGGCGUCGGUGGAAACGAACUUCUCUGCCGCUCUGGCUACAUGGAAAGACAUUAAUUUGACUGAGCUGCAGAAGACAUUGGAUACGCAGGGGAUUGAACUGGUAGAUAAUCAGAAGGAAAGUGUUGUUGGACGCAAGGCUCUGGCGGAGAAGACAAAAGACUUUAAGAAGAUUCCAGACGACGAGAAAUUGAAUGCUUUUAAGGGCCUUCUCAAAGCAUACCAAACGGAAAUCGACAGCCUGACCAAAAGGUCCAAAACCUCUGACAAUGCCUUCCUCCAUGUGUACAAACUCCUGGCCGAGGCUCCUGACCCUUAUCCGCUGCUUGAAGCCGCGGUUGACCAAGCUGUCAAAGUCACGGAGGCCAUAGAAAAUGAAGCAGAGAUGCAACGGCUAAAGGAGGAAAACACUGAGCUCAAAAAACGCAUAAACGACUUUUCAGCGGUGGAAAACGCGAAGAAGAAGCUGGAGGUCAAGGUUGAACAGAUGGAGCAGAAGAUGGACGCCCUUAUACAAGAGAAGGUCUCGCAGAAGGCGAAUGAACUCACGGCUACAUAUGACGAGAAGCUGAGAAACUAUGAGGACCGGGAACAAGAUCUACAGCGCCAGGUAUCCCUCACAAAGAAUCAGUUGCGGGAUUUACGCGUCUCGAACGAAAGCAACCAAGCCAAAUUGUUUGACCACAGUCAAAAACAAGACCAAGAGGUUGUCGCCAAAUUAGCGGAAGCUGAUAUGAUUAUUGCUGACCUGGAACGUGCCAACACACGCAUUGUGGCGCUUGAGCAUCGCAAUGAAAUCCUGCGUGCAGAAAUCGAGACGAUGCGUGGAGGUGCCGAAAGUUCAGAACGAGUUCAGGCUCUCGAAAAGCAGAUUGCAGACCUUGAAGGUGAGACGGAAGCUCUGUCUCAUUCGUUGGAUGUGCAAAAACAGCGAACGUCCGAAACCGAGCUCGCUGGUCAGAAGAAGGCCGAGGAAUUGUCGAAGGAACUGCUGAAGAAGUCUUCUGAAACAGAGCAACUACGCACGAAGCUGAAGCAACUAAGCGACUACGACGAAAUCAAACGAGAACUCGAGAUUAUGAAGUUCGUUGAAUUUUCUGGAUUCGACGCCAAUGACGAGGAUGCCGACACCUUGAACGGCUAUGACCCUGGACUAGCCCUUCCGAGCCCAAAUCCUGAUAAGGUCAACGGGAGACAAGGGAAGUCCUUGGAGACUCUCCUUGCCACCAAGAACAAACGCCUCCAAGAUGAAUUGACGAAACUUCGUAACUUGCGUAGCGAGCUCGAAGAUCACCUGAGAAACUCGCAAGAGAAGCUCGAUACUGCCAAUGUCGAGUUGGAGAAGCAACGGGAUUUAAAUGAAAAGCUGGAAAAUGACUUGGUGCUUAUCAACAAUGAAAGCAGCAACGGGCCAACUCAAGAUACCGACGACGAUGUCCUUGCCUCCUUGGACAUUGGGAAGAACGCGGAAACACCCGUCCGUUCAACGCCAAUACCAUUCACAUCCUCUGCAGAUACAUCGAUCCUACCCAUCGUCACAAGCCAACGAGACCGUUUCAGACAACGAAACGCAGAACUAGAAGAGGAAUUAAGAAAACAAUUCCAGAUCAUUUCUGAACUACGUGGAGAAAUCAAAACCCUGCAGGCCGACAACCUCAAGCUGUAUGAAAAAGUCAGGUAUAUGCAGAGCUACCGUGAAGAUUCUGGUUCUCGUCCAGUGACACAACUGGAUCCUCUGCCACCGCCUUCUGGACGCCUCGAUGAUAUGACCAAAUAUCAGACGCGGUAUGAGGAAUCAAUAAACCCCUUCGAAGCUUUCCGAGGGAGGGAAACGACAAGAGCAUACCAGGCUCUCAACCCUGUCGAACGUGGUGUCCUCUCUCUCACCCGAUCAGUACUUGGGAACCGUCGGGCGCGGGCGUUCUUCAUUUGCUAUGCAUUAGCCCUCCAUGUUUAUGUGCUAUUCACGACUUACGAAUGCACAAAUUCUGCUGGAGCGACGCUGGAAAAGCAGCCCAAUCCCUACGGUUCAUAG